AUGUCCAAAUCACCCGCCCGCGCUUUCAUGAGAGUUUCUAGACGCCAGUCUUUUCUCAUGCUUUCUACAGCUUGUGCGGAGUGCCGAAAUACACUCAAUGCUGGCGCCGGUCAGACGCGGGCAUCUUCGUCCAACUCGAGAUGGAAGAUGAGGCAGGGCAAGGAUAUUUUCGCGCGCGAGGCCAAGGUCCAGGGUCUCAAAAGCAGGGCGGCGUUUAAACUUCUAGAGAUGGAUUCAAAGUACAGAAUUUUCCGCAGGGGACAGACAGUAGUGGACCUGGGAUAUGCUCCCGGGAGCUGGUCGCAGGUCGCCGCCGACCGGACGAAACCCCACGGACAGGUUUUGGGAAUCGACAUCAUCCCGGCCCAGCCACCAAAGGGUGUCUCGACGAUCCAGGGUAACUUCCUCUCGCCUGAUGUCCAGGAGAUGGUGAAGGAUUACCUCAUCCGGCACAAGAAAGGCCGUCCGGCCCGGCCACCAGCCUCGACGACCUCAUCCGAGGGAGAGGAGAGCAUAGGCACAGACGAGUCCGCCAUUAUCGAGGACCAGCCGAGCUAUAUUGACAUGGAGAGGGCGGGUUCAGAAACGCCCGACAAGUCCGAGUGUGUUGCUGAGACAACGAAGCCAAAGGAUGGUCGGUUGGUUGAUAUUGUAUUGAGUGACAUGUCAGCACCUUGGGACCAGACCACCGGGUUUGGAGUGAACAGUCUUAGUAAUCCCUAUCAUAGGAUGAUGAACACGAGCGGCAUGGCCUUUCGAGAUCACGCCGGUAGCAUGGACCUUUGCAUGGCCGCGCUCCAAUUUGCCAACGAUACGCUAAAGAACGGCGGCCACUUUGUUUGCAAAUUCUAUCAGGGCUCCGAGGACAAGGCGCUCGAGAUGAAGUUGAAGGCCCUUUUUGCGAAGGUGUUCCGCGAGAAGCCCGAGUCGUCUCGUAGCGAUUCGAAAGAGGCGUACUUUGUGGCUCUUAGGAGGAAAGUGUAG